GUUGAGAUGGGUUGAGAUCUGGGUAGAUUGUUAGGAGUAAUGUGAGGAGGGAGGGCGUGAGUGAGGAUGUGCGGCAACGGCGGCGUCUGACGCUGAAUAUUUGUAAACACCAGAUUUGGCGCCAACUGUUCUCUCUGGCAGUUCAAAUUAAAACUUCAAGAUGGAAUUCGGAGGCCGAAGAAUUCGCAAGAAUCGGCGAAUAGAAAUUGAGCUGUCAUAUCCAUCUACCCUCCAGUUCUAUUCCUCGCCGCCGUCAGGAAAUGUUUCACUGGCUGAAUUUGAUGAGAUGGCAGUUGAGAGAUUGAAGAUUUUGAGAUGUGUUGAGCGUUUGAACCUCAGUGGCCAUAUCAAGAACUCCGAUGACUGGAUGAAUAAGCUGUAUGAUGAAUUUGCAAAGCACAAAUAUUUUAUUCAUACUGCUGAAAAGAUAUCAAGUAAUAAAAGAGAUGAGGUUGAGGCAGCAAGACGACGUGACCAUGUGUCCCACUUCGUGCUGCGUCUGGCUUACUGCCGCACAGAAGAUCUUCGACGUUGGUUCAUCGCUCACGAAACAGACUUAUUUCGUGCUCGCUUUAUCCAUUGUUCCAAGAAUGGAACCGAUAUUAAAAACUUCAUGAUGAGUAAUAAUCUUCAUUUUACACCAGUAAGUAAUUAAUGAAUAGUGGUCCAGAGAGAGCAAACUUUGGCCUGUCUUGCUGAGCUUUUAUUGGCCUGCGGUAAAUGACCUCAACUGCAUUUGUUAUUUCAGGUGCCAUUUAUAGAAGCCCUGGAGCUAGUGAGACAAAGAAAAAUUUACCUGAACGGUGGGUAUGCGUAUGUUCCCGAUACUGACCUGGUUACCCUAGUUACAGCUUCAUUCAGAAGUAAUCUCUCUCAUGCACUGGCGACAACAAAUAGAGCGCUUCCGCAGCUAGAGGAUGAUGAACGCUUGAUGAAACUCCUACAGGACUUUGACAAGCGGUACACUGGUAAUGACUACUCACAGAAGAAAAAUUCUGAAAAUCUUCGCAUAACACCAGAUAUGAUUGACCAGCUUGCCAGCAAGUCUUUUCCAUUGUGCAUGCGUCAAUUAAAUGACACGCUAAGAACGACUCACCAUCUACGCCACGGUGGGCGUCUUUCAUAUGGGUUGUUCCUCAAGGCUGCAGGAUUGAGCUUAGAAGAUGCUCUGUACUUUUGGAGAUCUCAUUUUACAAAGACGAUGGACGUAGAUAAGUUUGAGAAGCAGUACGCAUACAAUAUCCGUUUCAACUAUGGAAAAGAAGGAAAGAGAACAGACUAUACUCCGUACAGCUGCUUGAAGAUCAUCAUGACCAGCAUAGGAUCCGGUGAUGCCCAUGGUUGUCCCUUCAAACACACGGACGCUCCUAUAUUGAAGCAACGUCUCACUAGCUUCCAAGUCCCACAACAAGCUAUUAAUGAAAUUAUGGAAUUGGUAAGCAAGAACCAUUAUCAGAUAGCUUGUCAGCGGUACUGGGAAGCCACUCACAAUUCUCAAAUGGAGGCUGGAAUUAAUCAUCCUAACCAGUACUUUGAAGAGAGCUACAAAGUUUUACACGGACUCUCCCAGUCAAGUCAAGCCAAGAAGACACCGCAGGUGAGAAUGAAUCGUUCUGUCAUGUAUUCUUCUCAGUCUUUGAGUCAGCCAACACAAAUGUCAUCCCAGUCCACGCAAGGUUCUACCCAAGACGACACCACUCCCGCAGAUAUGGAUUCUACGAUGUUUGAUGAUGACAUGGACUCGGCAAUGCUGGAACAGUAUAUGGAAACGUCGAAAGCUUGAUUUCAGUGUUCAUAGGUAUGAUAAUGCCAGGUAAAAAUGUUUGAGUGUGCUCUGGUCUGUCCAUUCAGUAUUGAAAAAUUAAUUGAGUACAAGUGUUUGUUAAAAUACAAUAAAGUGAAAGCAUAUACUUUAUCCUGUUAUAAGCUUUGACUAAAUGCUGCAAGAUGGAAUUAAGAUGGUCUUUGGGUAGUCCUUCUUUUGACCUCCACCAUAACUAUUUUGAUUUUUUCAAAUUGAUUUUGAAUACUGUUUGUGUUGGUAGCUUAUAGGCCUACAAAUAAGAGUGCAGAGUAGCUUUUCAGGAAAGAAAUAACUCUUCUUGUCUUUUAUAUUAGGUUGUGACAAUGGAAAGAGAGAGAAAGACAUCUGUAUUCAGGUACUGUAUUGCCCUUUGCACAUCCUGUUUAACCUUGAUGAAACAAAUAACUGGUUUGACAAUCACCUGAAAAUCCUCACUGUAGUAAUCUCUUGAUGAUCCUUGAAUGUACAGUUGGUUUGGCAAUACGAUAUUGUGUGUUAUGUACAGUGCUAGAAUUUGGAGAAUUUGGAGGAAAUUUAUGUAUUUCUGAUUAUUGUUUAAAUGUAACCAGCCUUCCAAAAAUAAUAGUACAUAUGGAUGGAAAGUACAAACUACGCAGUGUUGCGUGCAAAAAAGGUCCACAUUUUGUACUAUUAAUUUUGUAGAGGACCUGAGGAAAGAAGGCAGCAACCAUACCUACUUUACCCUAGGCUUGGCUCUACCCUUUUCCAUAUUUGUACUAUGUUAGGCCCAGGAUUGCUUAUUUUGGCCUUAAGACAGAACUCCACAGCUAAUGUGACUUAGUAGUUGGGAGCCAUGUCAGUAAGAUAGCUUUAAGGAGCCACUGGGGCUUCUCCAGAAUGAAGCAUUUCAUUACAUUCAAUGCUGCUUUUUUAUACCAUUAUUUUCCUAAUAUUCCAAAUAUUGUGUAGUAUGUUAUUUGAGUGAUACUUUUUGAAAUGCAUACUAUUGGAAUACAAAUCAGAUGAUUGGAAUAACUAGUUAGCAUUUGGCUGUGAUAAGAAAAGAACAGCAUUAUUUAAUUGGUGGAUUUCUCUGCUUUUAUAUAUUAAAAAUGUUACAUCUUAUGCCAUCGACUGAAGCAGUGCACUGUGUAUGUGUUGAUCGAUACUGUGGCUUUAGAACCAUUUGCUGUGGAAGGCAAUUUGCCACUUCUGCAGACUUGGGGCUUCCAUAAAUUUUGUACAAAUAAUUUCUUGAGUGGCACACUUCUAGCAAACUUUCUACCAAGUUGUUGAGAGAAUUAGAAGGUUUAUUUGUAACAACUUAGUCAAAUCGUUAAAAUUGUGACAGAACUGAACAGGUGUACAACUGUGUAACUCAAACUUAUAUAUUUAGACAUAAAUUGUUGCUACUCCUUAUUUUGUGAGUCACGUGUAGAAAAAGUCAAGCAUAUGAUGAAGAAUUUAAAACCUUUAUCACUGACACUCUACACAGAUGUAAAGGGGAUAGAGAGGAUAAGAUGUUUAUCGCUAUAGGGUACUGGAGAUGUGGCAUACAGAUCUAGUGGUAUAGUCAUGCUGAGAAAUGUUGCAACACAUUGGUAAACACAAGAUAAAUAUAGUCUUAAAUAUAUAAUACUUAUAUGUGACAUACAGUAAAUGUGCAAUUCAUUGAGUUAUGUUUCAGAUUUGAUAUUAAAGAAACAUGCUAAGUGUACAGCCAUAGAAAAUUAUAAAACUUAGUAUUGGUACACAAGAUUCCAAUGUAUGAUGUGUAAAUAUUUGUGCAUAGAUAAGAAGGACCUUAGAUGUGUGUGUGUGAGAGAACGUGGGUGCACAUUCCACCCAGCUAUUUUCAGGUUUGGUCAUGCGAAUAAACAUUGGUAAUGUUCAUCCCAUAAUUUAACUUAAUAUAGGUGGCCUCAAUUUGCACAGAACUGGGGAACACUGGUCCGUGGUGUGUCUGGUAAACACACACAUCAAGUUUCAUAGUAUGCAAGCGAGUCUUGAUGUUAUGCAGGUUUAGUGCAAAUAAUACAAGCUAAUCUUCAGGUUUACCACAUUGUGGGCAGUGUCAGGCUCCAACACACAUUACAUUAUUUUGUUUUACAAAUAUUUUUAGUUUGAUUUGCUUUGUUCUUUAUUGUACAGUUUUACAGGAGCAUGAACCCUGUGCAAAUCCAGGUCCACCUAUAUGGUUUCUAUUUCUAAAAAGCAUUGGAAUUUUGUUGUUGUCUUGGUAAUGUAAAUAACAAAGCAUUUUAUCACGUGUAAUAUAUUUAUUUUCUAAAUCCAUUAUAAAUAGCACAAACAAUUUACAGUA